GGCUUGAAUUGCAUGCAAGCAAGGGCCAUUGGCAUGCGCACAUGCAGCUUAGAAGCCGUCUGUCCUGCGCUCUCUGGCUUCUGGACCCUUCCCUCCGCUUCUUUUAGGUCCAUCUUUUCGGGGUUUGAAGCUGAAAGCAUGUCGGGAGGUAUCAGCUGUUAGCUGCAUGCCUGCUGCUGGUGUGAUUCACUGGAGAAACUGCGGCUGAACGGAACCUGGUGGAAGAACUGCUAGGCUGCAGUCCUGUGAAGCGGAUCUCUAGACCUCAGGGACAGCGCGGAAACGCUGCAGAAAGAUGGCGCUUUUGCUGACCGCCCUCGACGCACUCACCGCCCCCACCAGCAGCAUCAUUACAGGCUUCCUGCUAGCUCUGCUUUCUGCAGUGUUCAAUGGCACUUACAGUGUGCUGGCAAAGGACGGGUUCAAGCCUUCUGACGUCGAUGACACCGUAUUUAAUCUGUGGGCCUGCCUAGGGCUCUCCACAAGCGGACUGGUGAUUGCUGCGCUGCAUGGGCCGCUCGUCUGGCAACCGCUGGGCCUGAUUAGUGGGAUGCUCUUGUCGACAACAAUUGCAUGGGCCUUUGUGACCGUAAGCUUCCUUGGCGCGUCUGUGGGGACCGGCGUCAAGUGCGGGACAGAAUCCCUCAUGUCCUUCUGUUUCGGCCUCUUCUUCGAUCCGAAUGGGGGCAACCUCCGAAACAUGCCUCUUGCAUUAUCUGCUCUGGGCUUACUAUUAGCUAGCAUUGGGGGCAUAGCCUAUGCUGGGCGGCCAUCUGAUAUGGAGGAUGAUGAGGUGGCGGGAUUGCUUGGCAACAAGGAGAAUAACAAGAAACUGUGGCACUUCGCAGCUGGUUUAUUCUUCUCGGUUAUUGCCGGAUCGACUGGGGGUCUGAUCCUGGCGCCGAUGCAAUUCGUGCCGGAGUCCGCCCGUGGGAUCGCCUACCUUCCGUCGCUAAUCGCGGGAGUGCUCAUUGGCGCACCGGUUGUUGCCAUUCUGCCGCACCUUUACAGGAGAGAGCGAAUCGAGCUAAAGCCCAAGACUGCGGCGUUGCCAGGUGUAGCGGCUGGCCUUUGCUGGAAUGCCUCCACCGUACUGAAGAUGUUUGCCAUUGGAUAUUUGGGCUACGGUCUCGCAUACCCUAUCGUCCAGAGCAGCUUAUUCGUUUCCGGCCUGUGGGGCAUCUUUAUGUUCGACGAGAUGAAGGGGAAACGAAACCGGACCAUAUUUUGGAUCUCGGGAGCGGUGCUCGUCGUGGCGGCCACGUUGCUAACACUCUCGAAGUAGUGUCAGGAGCUGCAGUCGUCGUGCAAGGGCCAUCUUGUUGACACUUCCGGUGGUUUCGUCGAUUUAUUGCAUGCGCAAAGAUCUUAAAUUGUGUAACAUUCAAUCUUCAGGAGAUGCAAGGAGGACUAGGCAGCUAGUGAAAGAUAAGAUUGUAGUCGCAGCUAGUGGAGCAGCUUCGAAAGAAGUAGCAGUGACUAGAAGUUUGUCUUUCUUAGAGUAAUCUAGUAUUGCCAAAGUUGAAGGCGUUUAGGUAGAUUGAAAAUUCGAAGCUGUCCUGCAAUGUGCAGGUUACAAAGAUAGAUGCCAUGCAACUAGAUUGUAGCAAUUAAGUUGUAGGAGUAAACGUGCACGCAAACGAUAAACUGGAGAACACAUCAUGGGGCCGGACUAGGCAGCCCGUGUAGCAAAAAGGAAUUCGCGAAUGGCUAGGUGAGAGUUUGUGCAGCUGGCUAGGCACGCAGAGUUGUGAUCCAAUGACAUGUAUAGAAUCGUUGGACUGAAAAUAUACAGUUCUGGUAGUAAUUGUCGUGAUAACCAUAUAUCGCCUAUAAAACAUCGAAGCAGAUCAACUACCUAACUUAAGAAAAGAGUAAACGCC